AUGGCUUUCCUCCUUCUCACCUCUAUUGCGCUCUCGCUCGCCGCGGGCAGUCGUGCGCAGGGUUUUCCGGACUGCGUCAAUGGCCCGCUUGCGUCGAAUCCGGUGUGCGAUGCUAGCUUGGGGCACGUCGAGCGGGCGCGUGCGCUGGUCGAGGAGUUCACCGUCCCGGAGAUGAUCAACAACACCGUGAAUGCUGCGUUUGGCGUCCCCAGACUUGGUCUGCCGCCGUACGAAUGGUGGAAUGAAGCUCUGCACGGCGUCGGCCUCAGCCCCGGUGUCGUGUUCUUCGAACCCGAGCCCGCCGUCGCGACGUCCUUCCCCAUGCCCAUCAAUAUGGGCUCCGCCUUCGACGACGCUCUCAUGCUCGCAAUGGGAGAUGUCAUCAGCACCGAAGCGCGCGCCUUCAGCAACGCCGGCCGCGCCGGCCUCGAUUACUGGACACCCAACAUCAACCCUUUCAAAGACCCGCGCUGGGGCCGCGGCGCGGAAACGCCCGGCGAGGACCCGCUGCACGCCGCGCGCUACGUGCGCAGCCUGGUCGAGGGCCUCCAGGGCGGCAUCGACCCGCCCUCCUUGAAGGUCGCCGCCGCCUGCAAGCACUGGGCCGCCUACGACCUCGAGAACUGGGGCGGCGUCACGCGCUACGCGUUCGACGCGGUCGUCACCCCGCAGGACCUCGCGGAGUACUACGCCCCGCCGUUCAGGAGCUGCGUGCGCGACGCGCGCGCGGCGAGCGCGAUGUGCAGCUACAACGCGGUGAACGGCGUGCCGGCGUGCGCGAGCCCGUACCUGCUGAAGACGGUGCUGCGGGAUGCGUGGGGGCUGGCGGAGGACCGGUGGGUGACGUCGGAUUGCGGUGCGGUGGGGAAUGUGUAUGAUCCGCAUGGGUAUACGGAGGACUUGGUCAAUGCGUCGACGGUGUCGUUGAAGGCGGGGACGGAUCUGAACUGUGGGACGAAUUACACGCAAUACCUUCCGGAGGCGUACGACCGAGGUUUGAUCGACGAAGACGACCUGAAGGCGGCGCUCACUCGACUUUAUGCGUCGCUCGUGUGGCUCGGCUACUUCGAUGCUCCUGAGGACCAACCCUAUCGUCAGAUCACCUGGGCGGAUGUCAACACUCCCGAAGCCCAAGCCCUUGCCUACACCGCCGCCAUUAAGAGCUUUGUUCUCCUCAAGAACGACGGUACCUUACCUCUUACCGACUCCACCCUCUCCCUCGCACUCAUCGGACCCAUGGCCAACGCCUCCGCGCUGCAAAUGCUGGGCAACUACUUCGGUAUCCCGCCCUUCGUUAUUGCGCCCUUACAGGGUUUCCUGGACGCCGGGUUUAACGUCACAUACGUCUUGGGCACGAACGUCACCGGAAACGAUGCAGGCAGUUUCGAUGCAGCUGUGGCUGCCGCAGAGGCGGCAGAUGUGGUCAUCUACGUCGGCGGCAUCGACAACACGCUGGAGAUGGAAGAGAAGGAUAGGACGGAGAUCUCGUGGCCGGAUAAUCAGCUCGCGUUGCUGAGCGCGCUGGAGGGCGUUGGGAAGCCGCUCGUCGUUGUCCAGAUGGGCGGCGGGCAGCUGGACGAUACGCCGCUGAAGGAGAGCGACGCGGUCAACGCCAUCCUCUGGGCAGGCUACCCCGGCCAGAGUGGCGGUACGGCGAUCGCGGACACCGUCACCGGCAAGGUCGCGCCCGCAGGUCGCCUCUACGUCGACGAGGUCGCCAUGACCGACAUGACGCUCCGCCCAGACAACGCCACCGGCAACCCCGGCCGCACGUACAAGUGGUACACCGGCACGCCCGUCUAUCCCUACGGCUACGGCCUGCACUACACGAACAUCAGUGUCGCGUGGGCAAGUGACGCACCCGAGGCGUGCUAUAGCAUCCAGGAUCUGACGGGCGAGGCGAGCGGCUUCGUUGACCUAGCGCCGCUGGAUACGUUCAGGGUGACGGUGACGAACGAGGGCGAUAUUGCGUCGGACUUCGUCGCUCUGCUCUUCGUGAGCACGCAGGCGGGGCCUGCGCCUGCGCCGAUUAAGGAGAUGGUCGCGUAUGCGCGGGCGUCCGAUGUGCAGCCGGGCAAUUCUACGGAGGUAGAGCUCGAGGUGACGCUGGGAGCGCUGGCACGAACGGAUGAGAGUGGGGACGCGUCGCUCUACCCUGGGAAGUAUGAGCUGACGUUUGACUACGACGGCGCGCUUUCCUUGAGCUUCGAGCUCUGCGGCGAUGCCCAACUUAUCGCCGAGUGGCCGGCGGAUGUAUGA